AUGUAUCACAUGAACCAUCUUCAACAAGAACCUCGCGAGGACAUGGAUGUGAAGGAUUAUGAUAUUAAUGACAAAAUUGCUUUGAGGAAUACCGACAUUGUUUUAGACCGAAAUGGAAAAUUUCAGUUUCAGGCUUCUUAUCGUCCUCCUCCAAUUCUAGCUGAUGGAUAUUCUCAUGAAAUGACUUACAACAAGAUUUUCUCCGUUGAAGCAACUAUGAUGCGUCAUCACCAAGAGAAUAAAUUUGAAUUCACUUCUUUGAAAAGGAUGAUGAUAAAUCUUCUUAAGCAAACCCGGAAGAAAAAUGUUCAAGAGGAAACUCAAGAGAGUGGUGAAGAAGAAGAAGAAGAAGAAAGUGGUGAAAAUGAAGAAGUGGUGAAGAUGAUGAGACAAAGUAGAGAACAUCUCGGAAAGUGGCUAAACAUGUCAUUUAUAUUACUUAUGCUAUUAUGUUUUUCAAUUUCCUUUUCCAAGUACUUUUUUUUAUCCAUAUUUUGUUUUGAAUAA